UUCAGAACAAACGUUACGACCCCCCUUAUAGAAAGAUAAAUGGAUCCAGAAGACAGAGAAGAGAACGCACGGCUCAAGUAUCUUGCACGUGCACCCGGCGAUGCAGCAACCAAGGCGUAUAUUGCCAAAAAAGAAAGUCGUCAAAAAGGGCAAUCUGGGCAUUGUCGAUGACGAAGAGUCUGGGUGGAAGCCAGUGCACGACACCGAUCGACAACAAGAACGUAAACGACGCGAAGCCGCUGAACAAGAACAGUUACUUGAGUCGUCAACAGGAGUUUUUCGGGGGCGAACUGAUGGUUGGCAGACGGUUCAGGAAGGCGCUACUGGCAGUAAAAGAAUGGAUAUAGACGACGAAAACGACGAAAACGACGAACGACCCGUGUUUGUUAAUAAUACAGGCGAGGAGAUCGUUGGGCAAGAGCAGGAGCAGUUAGUAAGAGAUUUAGGAGAAGCAGGAGCAGCAUCAGCAAAAGCAAAAUCAUCGAAAGUAGUAGCAGAAGGACCCAAGAUGUCGAGUGGACAAAGAGCAGGAUUAUUGACAAGUCAUGAAAUCAAACAAGAGGCAGCUCGGGCACGAGAAGCGGAGAUGCAGAUGGUUCAACAACUCCAAGGAGAUCGGUCGGGGCGGGACGCGGAGACCGUCUAUCGAGAUGAGACGGGACGCAGGAUCGACCCGAAGAUUAAGCGAGCAGAGGAGGCGAGGGCAAAGAAGGAAGCCAUUGAGCGAGAAGAACAGCGGAUGGAAUGGGGGAAGGGGUUGGUCCAACGAAGCGAAGUCGAAGCACAGCGACGGCAGCUGGAAGAGGAGAAAAAUCAACCGUUGGCACGAUAUGCAGAUGACCAGGAUUACAAUCAGGGACUUAGAGAACAACAGCGUUGGAACGAUCCGGCUGCGGGGUUCUUGACGAGCGAAGGCAAAUCCAAAGGCUUAGUCAGGCCUAGAUAUAAGGGUGCCUGGAAACCUAAUCGCUACAUGAUACCACCAGGAUAUCGAUGGGAUGGUGUCGACCGUUCUAAUGGAUUUGAAGACAGCUUCCUGCUUAGAGAAAACCAAAAGAAAGCACGAGCAAUAGAGGCACAUGCAUGGUCCACUGAAGAUAUGUAAAUAAUCAAAGAUUUAUUAAAACGGAAAACAAGAAAAAAGUCUGUGUGUGAUUAGACCUUCAAAAAGGUGUGCUACUCAAAUGUACACACAUAGCACAUAUGCAUUCAUUCUUUAUUUCUUUCUUUUUCUCUUUUUUCAAGACACCCCAUACCACCUCAACUCCUUCCGAUCUGCACUUGCUUGCUUUAUAGUCUUUUCUUUCUCUCUUCCUUUUCCUAAAUGAUAUAUCUCCUAAUUGUUAUAUGAAGCUUUAGGGGCCUGUAUAGGGUUGUCAAUAGGCCGUAAAUGGUUUGUAAAGAUCGGCAAUACAUGUACAUAACUCCAGACAACAGAUGCAUUGAGAGGGGAGGG